AUGCUGCAUUUCCACCACAAGUUGCCCACGGGGGGAGCCGUGGUCCUGCUCGCCUUCCUCCUCCAUGGAUGCGCCGUGCAGACUGCGUCUCUCCCCCGCCACUACAGGCUCCGGGGCGGGGAAAGUGAGGGGCAGCCGGCUGCCUACCCUCCUAGCUCCGACAUGAUAAAAGCCCUGGAGUACAUUGAGAACCUGAAGCAGCGGAACGGGGGCCGACCUGAACCCGUGGAUUACGACGAAGUGGACAAGUUCAAGGUCCUGCUUCAGCUCGCCUCUCAGCAGGACGAGGGUCCCGGGGAUCGCCAGUCUGCCCCCGGCACGCAGAGGCAGGACAUUACCGCUGAGCAGCUGAUGAAAGCCCUGCUCAAGUCUCUGCAGGAUCAGGCCGGGAGAGAAACUAAGCUCAGCCCCGCAUCGGCGCCCAGGAAUGACCGCCGCACGCACAGGCACCGCACCAAAGACACUGAAAUUCCCGAGAGCGCACCAGUAGACUACGGCAAUUUCCCCAGGCCCCACAAGAAGUACCCGCUGAUGUUUGAGGAUGAGGAGAACGCGGAAGCUUCAAAACGAGCCACAGAGGACCUGGACGAGCAGUACACCCCACAGAGUCUUGCCAAUUUACGCUCCAUCUUUGAAGAGUUGGGGAGGAUGCCCACAGUCGGCGGCCAGAAGAGAGACGUGUUCGGGGACGACGAUGAUGAGGAAGACGAUGGGGUCAGCCUGAGGAACCAGGCUUACGAGGAUGUGGCCGGAGGAGAGGAUUGGAUCCCCGUGGAGGAGAGGGAGGAGACGGAGGAGAUGGUGAACGGGAGCCACGAAGAAAUGGAGAGGGCGCUGGGUGACCAGGAAGAAGCAGACAGGGAGGAGAUGCAACGCCGGGCCAGCCAGAACCAAGAGGAGGCUGACGAUGACACUAAGCUGGUAGAUUACUACCUGUUGAAGGUCCUGGAGAUGAGCGACCAGACGCAGAAGAGGGAUAAGACCGGAGAGCAGAAAAAGAGACUGAUCCGCCCCUCCAUCGUGGAUCCUCGGACAGUGAAGGAGCUGCUGGAGCUGUCCCUUAAGCUCCACGUCCCUCCACAGGACCUUAUCGAUAUGCUGCUCACAGAGGAGCUCAGAAAGCUCCACCGCGAUCCCCAAGCCUCGGCGCGCUACACGACCGGCCAGACCCCCAAGAUCAGGUACUUCAGCCGCAGACUGCCCCUAAAGAGCAAGACCGCACCCGAAGACAUGGACAGAGAGGACUUUUUAGACAUAAUCGGAGUGGAGACUAUCAGUAACGAAUAUCCCGUGGUGCAGAGACCCCUGAAGACCUCUCCCUCCUCGGACAGAGUCCCAUUGGCGUCCAACCCCGCUGCAAAUUCAGGUCCAGUUAAAAUCCCCCCUCCCUCCGGACGCAGGGAGAACCUCUUUCUGUCCGAGCUCAACAAAAUGCCCCUCAAACGUCAGGCCGAUGGCGCCUACGACGAAGACGACGACGGCGACGUGGAAGACGAGGUGACCACCUACCUGGCGGCCAAAAUACUCACAGAGUACCCCAACACCAUCACCAAGCGGGACACCCAGGCGCAGCUGAAGGGGCAGUUCCCCUACGAGCUGUACGAGCGCGCCAUGAAGCAAGCGGAGGCUGAAAGGAGGCCAGUGGCCAAGAGGGAAACCGAGGUGGCCACAGAGGAGAAAGUCAAGCCCACAGAGGCGCAGGGAAAAGAGGAGAUCACGGCCAAGACCUCGGCUCCACAGACCGUGAACGAUGAAGAGGAGAAGGAGCACCGUGAAAAAACAGUGGCAGGGAUGUAGCCUGGACCCCUGCAAGACGCACGAAUUUAUGAAUAUAGUAUUUAUACUGUCUCAAAAAUAAAGUUUGGUGGACGUGAUCUAGUUUACAAAUUUCUAUUAUAUGAACUAUAGCUGGUAUUACUAAUAUCACCCUAACGAAAAUGAACUAGGCUAUAGUAAUCUUACAGGUCCAAUACAUUAUUUAUCUAUUUAUUUAUUUAUUUAAUUUAUUUGAAAAAAUACUAGUCCCUACUUGCUGC